GGGGUCCUGCGGGGCGGGCCGGGCACAGCGCCGCCAGACGCAAGAUGGCGGCGCUGGGGAGGGCGGGGGCGGCGCUGCUGCGGCCUGGGCGCGGGGCGGCGGGGCCGGCGCUGGGCUACCACAAAAAGGUGGUGGACCACUACGAGAACCCGCGCAACGUCGGCUCCCUCGACCGCAACGCCAAGAACGUGGGCACCGGCCUGGUGGGCGCCCCGGCCUGCGGAGACGUCAUGAAGCUGCAGGUCGAAGUGGACGAGAACGGCAGGAUUGUCGAAGCCCGCUUCAAGACUUUUGGCUGUGGGUCAGCGAUCGCGUCCAGCUCCCUGGCAACGGAGUGGGUUAAAGGGAAGACGGUUGACGAAGCGUUAAAAAUCAAGAACACGGACAUCGCGAAAGAACUCUGCCUUCCGCCGGUCAAGCUGCACUGCUCGAUGCUGGCUGAGGAUGCGAUCAAGGCUGCCCUGGCCGACUACAAGCUGAAGCAGCACCCGCAGAAAGAAGAGCCAGGGCAGAAAGCCAACUAAUCCCCGCGGGGGCUGCCGAGCUUGUUCCCCCUUCCCGCAGUUGGCGGCGCAGCCGUCUAGCUGUUAGCACCCCGCGCAGCACGCACGGAGCCCGGCUCUGCGCGCGGCCCGGCGCUGUGGGCGUGCGGACAGCCUCCCGCAGGAGGACUGCGCUUGGGUGUCCGGCAGCCUGCGGCCCGUCCUCACCGGCCUGAAACGUUAGGACUGUUCCGUGGCUUCUCAGAGGAGAGCACAUCCCGCCGCCCCGGGACUGGAAGGGCGGCGCUGGUUGGGGAUGACGGGUGGUUUUGCCUCGUGUUUCGCGGGAAACGUUGGCUCGGCCUUCGUGUUUCUGUAAGAGCCGCGGCUCGCUCUGCGCGGCGCUGCCGUAUACAAGCUUCGGGUGCUUUGCCUGCGGGCUGCAGC